ACGAGCUCGGGGAUGUCUGAUGCGCGCGGCUCUAAGUGUUUGACGAAGCCACUGGAUCCUCACACAAGUACUUGAUCUAAUGAAAACUUCAUCACACGACUGUCACUAGCGAAGGCAAAACCGUCUCUUCCCUGCGCUGAUGGAAUUGCAAAAACAUGCCAUUGGGUUGCUUCAGGUCUAAAAAGAACUGUGUUCGGAUAUAAUACAUCUAAAGAAGGAUUCAUUUUUAUUUUAUUUUUUUAGAAAGCGGAUUCAUGUACAAAUCGGAUUACCAGACAAAACUUGGAGAAACAGCUGUUUAAUUAUUUAACAAAGUCGAGAACAGAUAACAAGGAUGGCAAAUAAACAAUUUACAGCAAUACUGUUGCUGAUAGUAGUACUUGGGAACGUGGUCAUCCUAUCAGUAUACGCACAGCAAAAGGAUCCAAAUCCGAAGCCGAUUUCCCACGCGGGUCCACCGCAUCGCUUAGGCGCUUCCGAGACAACACUGAAAACAGUUAAUGAAAAUUAUCAUCUAGGUUCCAAUAGUUCUAACUCGCUGGUGCCACAUCCUUACCCCAAAACCAUGAACCCGGGCAGACCGCGGCACGUACCCCCGCCUAUGUGUUCAGGACCGACUGAAAUAAAAGAUACUUUUAAAUACAUUAACACGGUUGUCUCGUGCCUGGUGUUUGUGGUUGGGAUAAUUGGCAACUCCACCUUGCUGAAAAUUAUCUACAAAAAUAAAUGCAUGAGGAAUGGACCAAAUAUCUUAAUUGCCAGCCUCGCCUUAGGGGAUCUCCUGCAUAUUGUAAUUGCUAUACCCAUCAACGUAUACAAGCUCCUAGCUGAAGAUUGGCCCUUUGGAGUCGAAAUGUGCAAACUUGUGCCAUUUAUUCAAAAAGCAUCAGUUGGGAUAACGGUCUUAAGUUUGUGUGCGCUUAGUAUUGACAGGUAUCGAGCCGUGGCUUCCUGGAGUCGUAUUAAAGGAAUCGGAGUUCCGAAGUGGACAGCAAUAGAGAUUUCACUGAUAUGGGUUAUAUCAGUCAUCCUCGCUGUGCCAGAGGCUAUUGCUUUUGAUAUGAUUGCAAUGGAUUACAAAGGAGAGCAUCUACGAAUCUGCCUUUUACAUCCAAUGCAAAAAUCACAGUUCAUGCAGUUUUACAAGUCAGCUAAAGACUGGUGGCUGUUUAGUUUCUAUUUCUGCAUGCCACUGGCUUGCACUGCUGUUUUCUACACCUUAAUGACAUGUGAGAUGCUAAGAAAGAAAAAUGGGAUGCAGAUUGCUUUAAAUGAUCAUAUUAAACAGAGGCGAGAGGUGGCAAAGACAGUCUUUUGCUUGGUGCUGGUCUUUGCACUCUGUUGGUUACCAUUGCAUCUCAGUAGAAUCUUGAAAGUAACCAUUUAUGAUGAGAAAGAUCCCAACAGAUGUGAAUUACUGAGCUUCUUUCUUGUGCUGGAUUACAUUGGCAUCAACAUGGCUUCGAUGAAUUCCUGCAUAAACCCAAUUGCUCUCUAUAUGGUCAGCAAACGAUUCAAAAACUGCUUCAAGUCAUGUCUGGGUUGUUGGUGCCGGUCGAAAGACAUGCUCCCUUUGGAUGAGAAGCAGUCCUGCUUGAAGUCUAAAGCUCAUGACCGUGCAUCUGAACAGAGCAACUCCCGGGCUAGCAACAAGUAUACGUCCUCCUAAUACACACCAGGAAUCACUGUGUAUACAUCCUCCUAAUACACACCAGGAAUCACUGUGUAUACAUCCUCCUAAUACACACCAGGAAUCACUGUGUAUACAUCCUCCUAAUACACACCAGGAAUCACUGUGUAUACAUCCUCCUAAUACAAACCUGGAAUCACUGUGUAUACAUCCUCCUAAUACAAACCUGGAAUCACUGUGUAUACAUCCUCCUAAUACACACCAGGAAUCACUGUGUAUACAUCCUCCUAAUACACACCAGGAAUCACUGUGUAUACAUCCUCCUAAUACACACCAGGAAUCACUGUGUAUACAUCCUCCUAAUACACACCAGGAAUCACUGUGUAUACGUCCUCCUAAUACACACCAGGAAUCACUGUUUCAGGACUGUCUUCUGUCCCGUGUCAAAUGUUUACACCUGUUGAUGAAGGCAUCAUUAUUUCAGUCUUGAACAUGUUUUUUUUUACUCAAAAUAAUAAAUAUUUAAAACAGGCACAAAUGCAUACCAUAUAUGAAGGUACAUCACAAAGACAUUUACAUACUUACAUUAUGAGUCUUUAAGACAAGUCUUCAUGUACACUUUCAUUUUAAUUUGGUAAGAUAGUAUGGUUGUUUGUCUAGAAAAGCUGAAUCACAUCGGAAUCCAUAUACAACCAUGGCCAAAAGUUUUGCAUCACCUAGAACUUUAGGAUUGAGACAAAACUACAAAGCGGUAUGUAAUUCAAUAUGUUAACGUAACAUUAUUUAGCAGGUUUCAUUCAACUUUUAUGAAGCAACGUUAGUUAAUUCUAUAGGGGGAUGCAAAACCUCUGGCCAUAGCUGUAUAUUUCUAAGGAUUGAAGAUGUAUAGAAACCGAAGAUCCUAAAACCCCUGCUCUACCACUCAAUUCAUGAAGGGUUGUGACGGUAACAGAGAAUACAACAAACCAAGGCUAGUAACUCUCUUGGGAAUUUUCGAUUGGAAUUUGAACCAAAAAAAAGCAUUUCACGUCAAACUUAUUUUUAUGCACUUAUAAUUAUUUGGUUUCUAUACCUUUUAAACUUAACAAAGUGAAAAAAGUAUGGGCCGGUCCCAUAUUCUAAACAUUUUAGAUUUCUACAUUAAUAAAAAGCUAUUGUUACGGCACUUUGCCUGGUGCAUUGCUUAUAUAACAGUCUUUAGAUGGUGUUACAAAAAUAUCAGAAUAUAUAUCAUGUGACUUUUGAUCUCAUGAACGAUGGUGCUGUAGUCACUGACCUGUUAUUUACAUAAUUUCAGGAUUGAGUUUUCAGCACAUUUAUAUUGUCUUUUUGCAUUUCUUAAGGUUAAAACGCAAGAAACACAUUUACACAUUUUAUUGCAUGAUCUAGCAUUAUAUUGCUGUUCAUACAUUUACUAAUCAAACUGUAUAUAUUGUGCAUUGCAUUAAACAGUUAAGUUGUUUUUGUAUAGUUAUAAUAUUGAUGUUAUUAAUAAUCCAUUUUGUAUCCCUCAUAAUGACUAUUAAUUAAAAUGCUAUAGUACAGCUGUAAAGUUAUACAUUCUAAUUGCCCUUAUAACUUGCUUAUACAGUUUUAUGCCGAGUAAAAAAAAAAAGUUU